AUGGCUCCUAAACGUAAGAGAGCGACUUCUUCCGCCGCGAACAAAGGGGACACUGCGGACACCAUGGUCGCCCAGACGAGCUCGCGCGAUGCAUCUGGCGAAGAUGCGGCGGACCCUAUCCUCGAGGACGUGAAGGAACGGAAAUCCAUGGAUCCUCCUGCUAAGCGCACACGAGCUAGCAGCUCUGCUACCAAAAAGACCGAGACCAACGCGAAUGGCAAGAAACCUGAGAAGAUUGCAGUGCAGACUGGUGGGCGCGUUGAGAUGCCCGUGAACGGCGCGAAGCCGGGAGAAGGCGAGCAGGGUGAAGCUGGGAAGAUGAGCAUGGAAGCACCGCCCAAGGCAGGAGUCGUGGAUCCUGCUGGAGGAUAUAAAACGAACCCGCCGCCGAAGGGUCGGCCUGUGAGGGUGUAUGCAGACGGUGUCUUUGAUCUGUUCCAUUUGGGACACAUGCGCGUUCUCCAGCAGGCCAAGACAUCUUUCCCGGAUACCUACCUCAUCGUGGGAGUCACCGGGGACGCGGAAACUCAUAAACGGAAAGGCUUGACGGUGAUGUCCGCGAAGGAAAGAGCGGACAGUGUGCGGCACUGCAGAUGGGUGGAUGAGGUGAUUGAAGACUGUCCUUGGAUCAUUGAUGUGGAUUUCCUGGAGAAGCACAACAUCGACUAUGUCGCGCACGACGAUCUUCCAUACGGCGCCAGCGAGGGGGAUGACAUCUACAAGCCCAUCAAAGAGAAGGGCAUGUUCCUGGUGACGCAGAGAACGGAGGGUGUUUCGACUACCGGAAUCAUCACCAAGAUCGUGAGAGACUACGAGCAGUAUGUCGGUCGACAGCUGAAGCGCGGAACUUCGCGUCAAGAAUUGAACGUCUCCUGGCUCAAGAAGAACGAAUUGGACAUCAAGCGGCACGUCUCGGAGCUCCGCGAUACGAUCCGCAACAACUGGACUACCACGGGGCAAGAAGUCAGCCGGGAAAUCCGACAAUUCUGGCAGUCUAGUAGACCUUCGAGCCCGGCUCCGUCCAUCAACACCAAUGGAGGUCGAACUCCUCGGCCGACCGAACGGCUCGCCGACGGCCAGCGCGCCAGCACGCCGCAGAAGAGCAUGGAUUUCGCGACGGGAUACGCCAUGGGUCUCAUUGGAGGCGUCAAGGGGUGGAUGGAAGGCAGUCGCCGGAGGAAUCUGUCUGAUUCGAGGGCGCAGAGCCCGACGGACGCGGAGAUGGAAGAUAGUCAGGAGGAGCGAAGUCCGGUCGAGGAGGACAGCAGCCGGGGAAGGCAGGCGGAGAAGAUUAUGGAACAGGUCCAUUCCUAG